AUGCAGCUAGCCCUGUUAGGCCACUUCUUGCCUCUAGGGAUAUAUCUGAAAGCCUUGCAACGAUGUAGCCAAUAUAACGAUGGGCGUAGGGAGGGCUUCCCUGACACUGAGCAGUCUAUAGAUGCAAUGAAAGAACAUACUGGCCGCCUUGUUAUCGGAGACCACAGAUCAACCUCUCACUUCAGGACAGGGGAAGAAGACAAGAAAAUGAAUGAAGAACUAGAGUCUCAGUACCAACAAAGCAUGGACAGCACGAUGUCCGGACGAAACCGGCGCCACUGCGGACUAGGUUUCAGUGAGUUUCAGGAAGGUGAAGAACAAGAAGAGGCAGCCGGAGACUCCUCUGAACAUGAGAGUUCAGAGGACUCCGAAAGUGGCUCUGAGUCAGAGCAAGAGGAAUCUGCUGAAGAGCUACAAGCUGCUGAAAAACAUGAGGAAGCUGAGGUUCCAGAAAACAAAAAAGAAGCAAAAAGCAAUUAUAAAAUGAUGUUUGUUAAAGCCAGUGGUUCAUAACUGCAGAUGUAACAGCUUUGUAUUUAAAGUACAGUAAGCCUUAUCAUUACAGUGCAAAGUGGAGGACUGCUACAGCACAAAUCUUUGUAUUAUGAUUUUAAAAAUACCCUGUUAGAUGACAAAAAGUAGUAUUUGCUUUCAGUUGCCAUGGAUAACAUUUUUAUGGGCACAGUGGUAUUCCUGUUUUUUGUAAAGUGUAUAAAGUACUGGAUGAAGAAAUAAAUUCUUUUUGUUCCUGCCCUAUCUCUACAAUGUUA